AUGGAUGUCUUCUGGGCGGCUCCUCCGGUCAUUAGGACCCUUACAGCCCUAACUUUGCUUCAAUCUGGCUUGGUUUAUAGCGGAUACAUGAACUUUUAUUAUGUGCCAUUCGUGCCGAGCCAGAUAUUCUCAUGGCCUCCACAGCUCUACCGGCUGGUCACGCCAUUUCUACUAACUGGACCAGGCUUAAGCUUGAUCUUUGAUCUCUACUUCAUGUACCGCUAUGGCAGUGCCGUGGAGAGGAGCAUGGCCCCAGGAGAGUUCUUCAUCUAUGUCCUGUUUGUAGCUUUCAUCCUCAUGCUUACCGCAGGUGGUUAUAUGGGAGCAUAUGUCCUCACGCAAGCUUUGAUCAUGGCUUUCAUCUACACCUACGCCCAGAAAAACCGAGGAACGAAGACAAGGUUAUACUUCAUCGACAUCCCGACGGAGGUUCUUCCAUUUGCAAUGUUAGGAAUCGAACUCUUGAUGCACGGAUGGCUCAGUGCGGUGAUAGAAGGCAUGGGUAUCAUCGCUGCCCAUCUUUACGAUUUCCUCACGCGCAUCUACCCGACUUUUGGCGGUGGACGGAAUUUCAUCACUGUCCCUGGCUUCGUGGAGAGAUAUUUUACUCGCCACAAUCCUGACCAUGGUAACCGAGAAUAUGGAACGGCGUCUUACCCACAAAGGCCAGCUAAUCAGGCCUCUCGAAGGCGUAAAAGUCGAGAACUCCAGAUCACGUGGUGGCAUAUACGGACGCUAAACCACUUUGGGCACUGGAGCUGCCGCACUCGCAAAAUUUCCUUCGACAAAAUCUUCGGGGUUUUCACCGCGCAUCAACCAACGUCAACUAACAAAAUGGCAGUCGUCAAGACCUCGGAGAUGGACUACGCCAUCAAGCCUGAAGCGUCCGUUCCUUCCGUUGAUACAUCGGAUUGGCCGCUUCUGCUUAAGAACUAUGAGAAGCUUCUCGUUCGCACCGGUCACUUCACCCCUAUUCCCGCUGGCUCCUCCCCCCUGAGCCGUGACCUCAAGUCCUACAUCAGUUCUGGUGUCAUCAACCUCGACAAGCCGUCGAACCCUUCCAGUCACGAAGUCGUGGCUUGGAUGAAGCGAAUCCUCAGAUCCGAGAAGACUGGUCACAGUGGUACUCUUGAUCCCAAGGUUACCGGAUGUUUGAUCGUCUGCAUUGACCGCGCCACCCGCCUGGUCAAGUCCCAGCAGGGUGCCGGUAAGGAGUAUGUUUGCGUGAUCCGUCUCCACGACAAGAUCCCCGGUGGCGAGGCCCAAUUCGUCCGCGCUUUGGAGACCUUGACCGGUGCGCUCUUCCAGCGUCCCCCUCUCAUCUCCGCCGUCAAGCGUCAGCUCCGUAUCCGUACCAUCCACGAGAGCAAGAACUACGAGUUCGACAACGAGCGCCACCUUGGUGUCUUCUGGGUCAGCUGUGAGGCUGGUACCUACAUCCGUACCCUCUGUGUUCACCUUGGUCUUCUUCUCGGUGUUGGUGCUCACAUGCAGGAACUUCGUCGUGUCCGCUCUGGAGCCAUGGACGAGAGCAAGGGUAUGGUCACCCUGCACGAUGUCAUGGACGCCCAGUGGGUCUACGACAACAACCGUGACGAGUCUUACCUCCGCAAGGUCAUCAGCCCCCUGGAGUCCCUCCUCACCAGCUACAAGCGUAUUGUCGUCAAGGACAGCGCUGUCAACGCCGUCUGCUACGGUGCCAAGCUGAUGAUUCCUGGUCUCCUCCGCUACGAGGCCGGUAUCGAGUGCCACGAGGAGGUUGUCCUCAUGACCACCAAGGGUGAAGCUAUCGCCAUUGGUAUCGCUCAGAUGUCCACCGUCGAGCUCACCACCUGCGACCACGGUGUUGUUGCCAAGGUCAAGCGUUGCAUCAUGGAGCGUGACCUCUACCCCCGCCGCUGGGGCUUGGGACCCACUGCCCUCGAGAAGAAGAAGAUGAAGACCGCUGGUACUCUCGAUAAAUACGGCCGCACCAACGAGGCCACUCCCGCCAAGUGGAAGAACGAGUACAAGGACUUCAACCUUCCUCUGAGCGAGACCACCGCUGCCGUCACCGCCAGCGAGACCAAGACCGAGACCGAGGCCCCCAAGGCCGAUUCCCCCGAGCCCGUAAAGGAGGAGGUCGAUUCCAAGAAGCGCAAGCACGACGGCGAGACCGCCGAGGAGAAGGCCGAGCGCAAGAAGAAGAAGAAGGAGAAGAAGGAGAAGAAGGAGCGCCGGAAGUCCAAGCAGGACGACAGCGAUGACAGCGACUAG